AGCUGGCUCAAGCGUCAGCCGGGGGCCCACGGGAGAAACCCCGGGGGGCCCUCCGGCACCUUUUCUCCGACGCCAUGGAGCGCGAGGGCAAGGUGAUGCAGCUCCUGGCAGAGGCCGGCCUGGCGCACCAGCAGGAGCUGGACGCCGUGAAGCAGGAGCUGCAGAACGAGAUGGCCAUCCUCUUGGCGGAGCUGGACGAUCUCAAAGGUUGGAACCAGCGCGGCAGGACACCCAAGCAGACAAACCGCCGAAGCCGCAAAGCGGGACCUGCCCACGAGAACAACAGCCCAGUCGUCUCGUGGGAUGGAACAGACGACAAACUGCUAUCGCUGACAGGCCACAAGUCGCUGGAAAUGGAGUUGAUAGAUGUGCACCCGCCAGUGGAGGCCGUGCAGAGCUUGGUGGAUUCCCGACGAAGCCUACAGCUGCCUGGCGUGGCAAGCGGAGGUCAGCAGACGUUCGAUUGGCUGGACCGACAAUCUCCAGAUAUUUCCCCGGUAGUUGGGCCGACAAAGACCGGGUCUGACCUUCUUCAGGUUGGGGGGGUUGAUUUCAAUACAACUCCAGAGCCCUCCGCAUCAUCCCGCAAAUCAAUCGGCAGCAAUUUUCCGCUGCGGGCUAGCGCUCCAGAGAGCGUUGCAAGUCACCGCGGAAGUCAAAGAGAGAGCUCCAAGCAUUCGGUGGAGCGUGUCAAGUCGCCUGGCCGAUCGGAUGACCCCCCGCCACCACGGCUCAAGAUUCCGGAUCUCUGCGACGUCUUUGCCCAAGGCCGAACCACCAGCAAGGCCCGCGUGAACUUCGCAUCGCGAGCACGAAAGGGUGUGCUGAGACCCUCCAUGUUGCCGCAGCACUCUGCUUGGGAGCUAUUCUUCCAAGAGGGUCCUGGUCGCUGUAUUUCCUGCCUGGUAUUGCCACCCCACAGUAUCUUGAGGCUAUUCUACGAAGUUCUUGGCUUGUUCCUGAUUUGCUUCGACUUAGUCUGGCUUCCCAUCGAGGCGUUUAAUCCGCAGACCACCGGGUUCGUUGAUGCAAUGUCCUGGGUCACUAGUUGCUACUGGCUGCUGGAUAUACCAGCCUCAUUUCUGGUCGGUUACCCGAUUCUGGAGGAAGGCACAGUGGAGAUGCGCGUGCCAAAAAUAGCGCGGAACUAUUUCAAGACAUGGUUCCUUUUUGACAUUAUCCUGGUGGGGCUUGACUGGGGCCUGCACAUCUGGAACUUCCUGCUCACUUCUGCGGAGUCUGGAGCCAGUGCUGGCGUGGCCUUCUUCCGCAUGGCCAAAACGGUGCGACUACUUCGCUUCCUGCGGCUGCUGCGGCUAUUGAAGGCACGGGGCAGGAUGACUGACUUACUGGAGCAGGUGCAGUCGGAAGCCUCCUUGAUAGUCUUCGGCAUACUGAAGCUGGUUGCUUUCAUUGUGCUGGUGAACCACUUGGUGGCUUGCGUUUGGUAUGCCAUCGGCGCCCUUGAGCCAGCCAGAGAGGAUCGAUGGGUCUAUGAAUUCAAGUUGGAAUCAAAGAAUUUGUGGUACAAGUACUCGACGGCAUUGCAUUGGUCGCUCACGCAGUUUACUCCUGCUUCUAUGGAAGUGAUGCCUCAGAACGAGUAUGAACGAUUCUUUACCGUUUGUAUGAUUCUGUCCGGCAUGUUAAUAUUCUCCUCCUUCGUGUCUGCGAUCACCAAUGCCAUGAACCAGUUGCGAAACCUCAACAGUUGGCGACAUGAGCAGGAGUCCUUGCUACGUCGGUACUUGGGGGAAAACUCCGUGACGCCGUCGCUGACAGCGCGCAUUCACAACUGCCUGAAUAAGGCAAUGCAACACUCGCGGCGACGAGUGCAUGAGAAUGAAAUCACCAUUCUGCAAUUGCUGCCACUUAGCCUAAAGUUCGAACUCUCCAACGAGAUCUACGCGCCUGCAAUUGGAAAGCAUCCUUUCUUCACCUUUUGCCACAGCGUUUUGCCUUCCGAGUCUCGGAAGAUCUACAGCAACGCCGUCUCACAGAAGUCAUUGCUCAUCUCCCAGGAGCUCAUCACGACGGGCGAGGCUGGUAAGCACAUGUACUUCUUGGUUUCGGGGACCUUGGUCUACUCGCGCGAUGACGAUGAGACGCAAAGUCAGACUACCAUGCAACCCUGGCUCGUAGAACCCGCGCUCUGGCUGAAGUGGCAGCACGUGGGCACUGCCAGCGGCACUUCGCAGUGCGAGCUGGUUGCCCUGGACGCGGCAAAGGUGCAGGACAUUCUCAAGGAAGAGGCCACUGUGCGCACCUAUGCCAAACAAUUCUGGAAGCACUUUUCUGUCAAUCCGUCGGCUCUUUCAGAUGUUUGGAUUGACGAAGAGUUCGUCUACACAUGGGCUGCCUGUUCCAUGAGCCAAGCAGAGGAUAUUUUGGGGCAUGUGAUCCAACCAGAGCCACUGAGCCCCAACUUCAAUAGGUUUCUGAACGGCAUGCGCCGCAUCAGUAACGGCAUGCUCCACCGCUUCUCUGUGGUCAGCUAUGACAGCCACCAUGCCGCUGCUGCUGCCGGUCCGGGCAAGCUGCCGCCGCAGCUGCAGGAGCUGGUGGACAGGAUGCAGCUGGCGCGCCAGGAGCAGGAGGCGCAAAGCGAAAGGAGCAUGAGCUCUGGCUUGGACGACAGCAGCGAGGAUGAAGCACCGGCGGCACAAAAGGCGGGCAAGUGGAACCGCACGGCCUCCAUUUGCAACGUGGUGCCAGUCAACCCAGGGCCAGCGCCCGCGGCAGGCAGUAAAUGAGCAGAUGUCUGGUGCGCCUUCAGCGAAGGUCUGGCACCACUUAGGUUCUUAGUUGAAACAUUGCAUCGAGAGUUCUUGCCGCGUCUGCGCCCAACCCUUACCUCAAAGA